GGCCUGGUGUCAGCCUGGUGUCCAGCCUGGAGGAGGUGGCCUUGGCCGGGACAGGGCCCAGCGGCGUUCAAGAGGCGGCGGUUCCGGGGACAUCCCGGUGGGUGUCUUGGGGGGGGAGGGAAGAUCCCGGCUCCCCCCCAGUGGAUGAGCAGAAUGAAUGAGCCCCUGCUUGCGUGUGCGUAUGUGCGCGUGCGCGCACGCGUGUCCGUGUCUACAUCUCUGGGUAGGGGGCAGCGCCGGGAGGGUCCCGGUGACCGCCCCCCAUCUAAUUCUCUUCCCUUCCCUUGACCCCCAGAACUCCAACGUGGAGAACCUGCCCCCCCACAUCAUCCGCCUGGUGUACAAGGAGGUCACGACGCUCACCUCGGACCCUCCCGAUGGCAUCAAGGUGUUUCCCAAUGAGGAAGACGUCACGGACCUGCAGGUCACCAUCGAAGGCCCAGAGGGUACCCCCUACGCGGGAGGCCUGUUCCGCAUGAAGCUCCUCCUGGGCAAGGAUUUCCCGGCAGCCCCCCCAAAGGGCUUCUUCCUCACCAAAAUCUUCCACCCCAAUGUGGGGGCCAACGGGGAGAUCUGUGUCAACGUGCUCAAGAGAGACUGGACCGCCGAACUGGGCAUCCGCCACGUGCUGCUGACUAUCAAGUGCCUUCUGAUCCACCCGAACCCCGAGUCGGCGCUGAAUGAGGAGGCCGGCCGCCUGCUUCUGGAGGACUACGAGGAGUAUGCAGCUCGGGCCAGGCUGCUGACAGAGAUCCAUGGCGGGGCCGGGGGCCCUGGGGCCCUGAGGGCAGCCAGGGGGGGCCCUGGCGGGGCAGAGGCCGGCCCAGCAGAGGCCGGGGCCUCCUCCUCCUCCCCACCCGGCCCUGGGGCCGAAGGCCCCAUGGCCAAGAAGCAUGCAGGGGAGCGGGACAAGAAGCAGGCCGCCAAGAAGAAGACGGACAAGAAGCGGGCUCUGCGCAGGCUGUAGGAGGGCCCCCCCAUUGCGGGAGGGCGCGGGGAGGAGGGGCAGCUUUUGUAUCUCACUAAGUUAUUUAAAUUAUGGGGGGGAGGGGAGGGGAUGGGAGGGGGGCUUGGUUUUUUUCUAAAAUAAAGUUGAAAAAGCA